AUAUCAUUUCCUUCCGUUGGCAUAAUUUUGGAAACCAGGAUGAGAUCUGUAAGCUAUACGUGUUUGUAGAGCAUCCAGAUUCCAGAAUACUUUAAAGUUUCUUAUCUACAUGAUGGAGAAUAUAUAAAAGAAAAAGAGUGUUUGUUUAACUUUUUUAUUAUCCAAUAUUAUCCCUAAAUUUUAUUUUAAACAAAGAAUGGUUGGUAUGAUAAGCGAUGAAGCAUGGUACAAUAUUAAUAAAAUCUUGCUUUUUAGUCAAUCUACUUAAAGGACAAGGUUACCGGAGAUUAAUGUAUAAAACGAAGGGGUCAAUUCAAGGUAAUGGUUUCCAUGCCAGGUCAAAAAAAGCUUCCUUCAUUUUACCGGUUUCCGUGGCACUUUUUUUUUUGUCUUCUCCUUGAUGGAAGCUAUUGCUUCCUCCUUGGUAGAGGCGGUCGUGUCUGAGAUGUUUCAUUACUUGUCGGACCACGUCUCCUCCGCCCACUUCAACAAAUUUGCUCGGAAGGAGAAGAUUUUAUCCGAGCUCAAGAAGUGGGAAAAUUUGCUGCUCAAAAUCAAUGCUUGCCUGGAAGAUGCUGAGGAAAAACAAUCCACAAGCGGCUUCGUCAAACUGUGGCUACGAGAUCUAAGAGACAUUGCUUAUGACGCCGAAGAUAUCAUCGAUGAGCUUGCCUAUGAAGCUCGGCGCCGCCAAAUGAAGGAAGACGCAGGUCCUUCUUCCUCCACCCACAAGAUGAUGAGGAAAUAUAUGUCAGCUUGCUGUGUAAAUUUUAAUCCUUCAACUCUUAAGUUCAGCACCAAAGUGGAGUCUAAAAUAAAGAAGCUUACUGCUAGACUGGAAGCGGCCGUUGCCAUAAAGAAUGAUUUGAGUUUAGUAGAGAACGAUAGAGGAAGGCGUGAAAGAGUGACAGAGAGGCUGAGAACCAGUUCUCUCGUUGAAUCUCGUGUCUACGGAAGGGAAAAAGAUAAAGAGGUCAUUCUUGAUAUCCUGAUGAAUGAUGGUGAUGAGGGCUUUGGUGAUAUCGGUGUGGCCUGCAUUUGGGGUAUGCCAGGAGUGGGUAAAACCACACUGGCUCAGUUGGUGUACAAUGAUAUCAAAGUUGAAAGCGCUUUCGAUUUGAAAAUCUGGGUUUGUGUCUCUGAGGAAUUUGAUGUUAUUAGGUUGACGGCGAUAAUGCUUGAAGCUAUUACUUCCGCGAGUUGGAAUUCAAAGGAUCUAAACUUACUCCAAGUAAGCCUAAAGGAGAAGUUGUCUGGGAAGAAGUUUCUUCUUGUUUUAGACGAUGUUUGGAAUGAGAACUAUGAACAAUGGGAGGCCUUAUGUAAGCCUUUUAUUGCAGGGGCAGCGGGAAGCAAAAUUCUUGUGACAACUCGAAAUGUAGAUACUGCAUCAAUAAUGGCUCCUUGUGGAACUUAUCAUCUAAGGGAACUCGCAGACAAAGAUUGUCUCUCGUUGUUCACUAGGCAUGCUCUUGGCGGUUCAGAUUUUGAAGGGCACCCAAACCUAAAAACCUUCGGUGAGGAAAUAGUAAAGAAGUGCAGCGGCUUGCCAUUGGCGGCUAAGACCCUGGGAGGACUCCUUCGUACUAAAAGGAACCCUGAUGAGUGGGAAGACAUAAUGAAUAGUAAGAUUUGGGAUUUGCCUGAAAAAGGAAACAGCAUUCUUCCAGCUUUGCUAUUGAGCUAUCAUCACCUUCCUUCCCAUCUCAAGCGUUGUUUUUCUUAUUGUGCCAUAUUUCCAAAGGAUUAUGAAUUUGACAAGGAGGAGCUGAUUCGUUUGUGGAAGGCAGAGGGUUUCUUGCACCACACGAAAAGGAAGAAGCAAAUGGAAGACAUAGGAAUUGAAUAUUUUCGUGACUUAUGGUCGAGAUCUUUUUUCCAACAAUCAACUAUUAACAAAAAUAGGUAUGCGAUGCAUGACCUUAUAAAUGAUCUAGCUCAAUUUGUUUCCAAAGAAAUAUGCUUCUUCAACAAUGGAGACAAAUUAAACGAUGGAGUUAAACUCGAAAGCUCUCGUCAUUUUUCAUUCCUUCGUCACCAGUAUGAUGUUUCGAAACGAUUCGAAAUGUUGUCUCAAAUGACCAGUUUAAGAACAUUGGUAGCAUUACCAAUUCAUAUGUUUCCCAUGGCAGCAGGUUCCUUUUUAAGCAAUACUGUCUUACAACAGUUUGUGCCAAAGUUAGGCUGCCUAAGAGUCUUGAGUCUCAAUGGUUAUUGCAUUGAUGAGCUACCGCAUCACAUAGGUGAUUUGAUACACUUACGGUACUUGAAUUUAUCUCGAACCAGCAUCAAAUCAUUGCCUGAAUCUGUGGGAUCUCUUUUAAACUUACAAACAUUGAUACUGCAUGGGUGCAAGAACCUCACAAAGCUGCCUCAAGCUAUUGAGAAUCUGAUCGAUCUUUGUGUUCUUGAUCUUACUGAUACUCAUAGUUUAAAAGAGAUGCCGAUGCAGAUUGGAAACCUGAAAAAUCUAAAGGUCUUGUCCAAAUUCAUCGUUCAAAGGGAUAGCGGCUCUGGCAUCAAAGAAUUGAAGGGCUUGUCGCAUUUGCGAAAGGAGAUUUCCAUUAUUGGACUGGAAAAUGUGGUUGAUACUGGAGAAGCUAGGGAUUAUGUUCUGAAGGAUAAGAAAAAGCUUGAGGGGCUGGAUUUGCAAUGGGGCCAUGAAUCCUUUGAUCAUCGAGAUGGCGAAAAUGGAUUACUUGUUUUCAACAUGCUACAACCUCAUCAAGACAUUAACAGAGUUAGAGUUGCUUGCUAUGGUGGUACAAAGUUUCCAUCUUGGUUAGGUGGUUCCUCAAUGGCUAAUAUUGCAGAUAUAAACCUCUCAAACUGUAGAAAUGUCAUGUCCCUUCCAGCACUUGGGAGACUACCCUCACUCAAGAAGCUGUCAAUAACAGGCAUGAAUGGAGUCAAAAGAUUGGAUUUUGAGUUUUUUGGAGACAAUUUACCUUUUUCAAAACCUUUCCCAGUUCUGGAAGUGCUACAGUUUCAAAAUAUGUCGAAUUGGGAGUACUGGUGCUAUCCUAAUAACAGACCUGAUGAAGAAGACAGAGAAUUCCCUAAUCUGCGUGAGCUUAUGAUUCAUAAUUGUCCAAAGUUGUAUCAGAAACUACCCAGAUACCUACCUUCUCUGGUGAAACUUAAUAUCAAAGGGUGCCCUAAUAUGGCUUAUUCAGUUAUGAGCCUCCCAUCUCUUCUUGACCUAAGUAUUGAAGAUUGCAAUAAGAUGGUUCCAAGAAGCAUGGUUGACCUUACAUCUCUAACUACACUGAGAAUCAAGCGUGUGCCAGACCUUACAUGUCUUCCCAAUGUGUUUGAACAGUUUCCGGGAGCACUUAAGCAUCUUAUCCUUUCCAACUGCAUUGGAUUGACAGCCUUAUGGCAAAAAGGAAAUGAACUAGAAUUAGAGCCUAACGAGCUACAUUGCCUUACGUCACUCGAGCAUUUGCGUAUUGAAUCAUGCUCGGAACUUGUAUCCUUUCCGGAGAUAGGUUUUUGUCCUAAACUUAAACGACUUCAACUCAGAGAUUUUCCACGGCUUAAGAACCUUCCUUGUUGGAUAAUGAAGCAGGGAGAACUUACCGAUUGCCUUAUUGAAGAUUUGGAAAUAGAAGAAUGUCCUUCUCUCACAAGCUUUCCAAGAGGGAGAUUACCUUCCACAUUGAAAAGGUUAAAAAUCCAAGAUUGCAUUUGCCUAUGUUCUCUACCUGAUGGACUGAUGCAAGCUGAUAACAACAAAAAUACAUUUUGUCUAGAGAAUUUGGAGAUCAUCAGUUGCCCUUCUCUUGUUCGUUUUCCACAUGGUAGAUUACCAACUAGCCUUAAAAUGCUUAAGAUUUGGGAAUGCUUACAACUAGAGCCCCUUUCAGAUAGGAUACUGCCCAAUAAUGCAUCACUUGAAUACAUUGAUAUCUGGAACUGUCCAACUCUGAUAAACUUACCAGAUUCUUUAAACAAUCUUAAGUGUCUGAUGGAGUUGAUCAUAAGCAAUUGUCAAUAUCUGAAAUACUUCCCAGAGAUUGAUUUGUUUCUCCCCAACUUGAGAACUUUGAAUAUCAGUAAUUGUGCAAAUCUCAAGUCUCUACCUCAUCAGAUAUUAAAUCUCACUUCUCUUCUGUAUUUAACAAUUUGUGAUUGCCCAUGUAUUGUUUCUUUCCCUAAAGGGGGUUUGCCCCCUAAUCUAUUGUCACUUGAGAUUUGGGAUUGUGAACAACUCAAGGAACCAAUAUCAAAUUGGAACUUACAUACCUCAACCUCUAUUAAAGACUUGAGCAUUGUUGGUGGACCAAAUUUGGUUUCUUUUCCAGAUGAAAAGUGUUUGCUUCCCACAACUCUAGUUUCGAUAUAUGUCGCAAAACUCAAUAAUCUAGAAUCCCUUUCCAUAGGGCUUCUAAACUUGCCAUCGCUCGAAGAACUCGAAGUUGUCGAUUGUCCUAAGCUUCGAAGCUUGCCAAGGGAAGGGUUGCCUACAACACUUGGAAGACUUUGUAUCAGGAACUGCUCACUUCUAAAAGACCAAUGCUCGAGAGAGAAAGGAGAAUAUUGGCCCUUAAUAGCCUCCAUUCCUUGUGUGGAGAUACAAUCUACAGAUGGAAGCGAAUAAGAAGCGUGUUACACCGAAUAUUAUUUCAGUCACUAGUGCAGUCAGUUAAGGUAAGUGUAAUCUUUUGGGGGUCCAUUGGAAAUUUUCAUUCCAAUUCAACUUAUAUAAAUUGGCCUAAAAAGGAUAGGAAGUAACUUAAUAAAUUAUCUUUCCAUUGGAUUUUUUUACAUAGUCGUAUUUCAAAUUCAUAGUAAUUAGAAAUUCACUUUUACAUUUGGCGAAUAGGUUCAUUUCAUGCUCUUAAAAAUCUGAAAAUGGAAAUUGUAGGGCUUUAUGCAUCUUACAUUGUCGAAAGCUUGAGGAAGUGACUCUCUUUGAAACUAUUUCAUGAAUAUUGUAGUAAAUUUUACUCGUUGGGUAUUAAAUAAAUGUUGGCAAACUUUAUGUUGCAUGGAUCUCUUUGUUACAAAACUAUCAAAUACUCAUGUUGUUAAGAAAUAGAAAAUUUUUUAGCCAAGACGUCUAAAUUACUAUUUCGUGAAAAUUGCAAUAAAUUUACUCGUUAGGUAAUAUAUAAAUGUUGGCAGACUUUAUGUUGUAUUUCUAUGACAUUUUUAAUAGCAUGUAAUCCAUUAUCUAUGAGACUAACUAAUAGAAAAUAAAGAUUGUACUUGUUGCUUGUGUUUCCAAUACUCAUCUAGUGCAUGUAUCCUUGAAUUGAAAUUGAAGCUUUAGGUGUUAACAAAUUUUACAUGUGAUCUUGGUUUAUGUUGCAUUUCUUAUAUGAUAUUAGUAUGUAAUCUGUUGCCUACAAUACUAAGUAAUGAAAAUGAGAAAUUGUACUUCCUAUUUGUGUUUCAAAUAUGAUAUAUGUAUCCUUGAAUUGGAAUUGAAGUUUUAAAUGAUAGACAAACAUAAGGUGCAAGAUGGAUUAGAGCUCACAAUUUAUAAGUUAGAGUCACAAUUACUAUGCAUGUUUAUUGAUUUGUGGGUUAUUCAUUCCAAUGAAGUUGUCAAUUGUUACAAAAGUUAAUUUAUUCUCAACUUUCAGUAAUAACAUUUUAUAUUUGGAUACAUUUCUCAUUUAAUUAGUUCAUAACUACAAGUUAAUGAAAAAUGUCGAUUAAUUUUAUGCAAAAAUUGAAAUUUGAAAUUUCAAUACUUAGUGAUCUCAAAUUGUGAAAUCCUUCAUUGUCAGGAAAGAUAAGAAUACAAAGAUUUUGGCAGCCAACAACUCCAAUAGAACAAGAUACACUUUUAAGCCUUGACUUCUUAGCAACAAAUACUAAGGCAUUCAUACUUUUUACUAUAUUGAAAAAAAAUGAUAUGUAUUUAUAACAAUCUCUUCAAUCCUUAUAAUGUUAAUGUAAGUAUAUGAAUAUUUUUCUAUUCAAGUUGACUUGAAAAUGUUUAUUAAUAACAUUGUACACACAUAUUUUAAGUCGAAAGUGCACUUGAAAGUUUAGAGCCAAAUUUAUUGGUAAGUUUGAAAAGAAAGUUACAAUCUUUGAAAAUUUUUUAAAUAUAAAGAAAAAUAUCCUUUGAUUCUUCUCUCUGAUUUGACUUUUAUCUAAGGGUCGUUUGACUUGAUCUUAGACGAGUGUGGAGUGUUUCAAGUGUCAUCUUGACUUGCUUUUAAAACAAGUUUGAACCUCUUUUCUUCAGUUGAAACAGAUCGAACAACAGCUUUCUUCAGAAACAACUUUUGGGUUCUUCUCCAUAGCAUGCAGUUGUCAGUUGUUACAAAAGCAAGAUAAGAAUACAAAGGUUUUGGCAGCCAACAACUCCAAUAGAACAAGAUACACUUUUAAUCCUUGACUUCCUAGCAACAAAUACUAAGACAAGCGUGGAAUGCUUCAAGUGUCAUGUUGACUUGCUUUUGAAACAGGCAAGAUAAGAAUACAAAGGUUUUGGCAGCCCACAACUCCAAUAGAACAAGAUACACUUUUAAGCCUUAACUUCCUAGCAACAUAUACUAAGGUUUGAACGUCCUUUCUUCAGUUGAAACGGAUCGAAAGGCGGCUUUCUCUAGAAACGACUUUUGGGUUCUUCUCCAUGACAUGAACUUGUCGAUUGCUACAAAAAUUAGUUUAUUCUCAACUUCCAUUAAUAACAUUUUAUAUUUAGAUGCAUUUUGCAUUUGAUUAAUUCAUAACUACAAGUUAGAGAAAAA